AUAAUUUCUAUAAUUCUAAGAUUGACAAAUGUGAAAGACAGCAAAGCUAAUCAAUCUCUUCCAAUAUUCCAUGGCUUCAACCUCCAUUUUCGUUACUUCAUUUUGCAGUACUUACGAUGUGUUCUUGAGUUUCAGAGGGAAGGAUGUAAUGAAAGGCUUCACUGGCCACCUCUACGCUGUUUUGCGUCGGAGUGGAAUCAACGCUUAUGUAGAGGAGGAAAAGAUGGAAGACACAGAGAAAAUUGGAGCAGCAUGCCUAAAUGGUAUCCAGCAGUCGAAAUUUUCACUAGUCCUUCUCUCAAAAGACUAUGCCUCUUCUACUUGGUGUCUGGAAGAGCUUGUCCAAAUCCUAAAGUAUAAAAAAGCAGAUGAUGUCUGGCCAAUUUUUUAUGAUGUAGAUACAUCUCAUGUUGAAGAGAUCCAAGGAAGCUAUAAAGAAGCAUUUGUGGAGCAUGAAAAGCAUUUCAAGGAAGAUGUCCUACAGAAGUGGAAGGAUGCUCUCCGACAAGUUUCCACCUUGAAGGGUCUUGAUCUACCAAAGCGCUUGGAUGGGCAUGAGGCAAAAAAUAUUGAUCAUAUCGUUGAAGAGAUUUCAAGAAGACUAAAUCGAACAAUGCUCAAUGUUGCCAUCCACCCAAUUGGUUUACAAUCUCGAGCGGAAGGGAUGAUUUCUUUGAUGGCUAACGAGUUAGAAGACAUACGCAUAGUUGGGAUAUAUGGGAUGGGAGGUAUAGGUAAGUCAACCAUUGCAAAAGAGGUUUAUAAUUGUCUGUUCCAGACAUUUGAAAGCAGCUGCUUCCUUGAAAAUGUUAGAGAAGCUGCCCAUUUCAAGGGUAUACCCUACUUACAAAGGCAACUUCUGACUGAGACCUCUAAAAAAAAACAUGAAAAGAUAUAUAAUCCCGAAAUAGGACUGAAUUUGAUCAUACAAAAACCACAUAACAAAAUGGUUCUUCUUGUAUUGGAUGAUGUUGAUAAACAGGAUCAAAUAAAUAAAAUACUAGGAAAAUGUGAUUGGUUUUCUCCUGGGAGUAGAGUGAUUAUAACUACUAGAAUGAAGGAUUUCCUAAAACCAUGUGAGAUGUAUUGGCAGUAUGAGGUUAACAAAAUGGGUGACAAUGAUUCUCUUCAGCUCCUAAGUUUACAUGCCUUUGGCAAAAACCAUCCCACUGAAGCCUACAUGGCUUGUGCUAAAAAAAUGGUUCACUAUUGCGGGGGAAUUCCUCUAGCUCUUGAAGUUCUGGGUUCUUUUUUGAGUGGCCAAAGUGUUGAUGUGUGGAAUAGCAGGUUGGAAAAACUGAAAGUGAUUGCCAAUGAAGAUAUUCACAGCAAGUUUAAAAUAAGUUAUGAUUCUCUUGGUGAUUUUGAAAAGUUCAUAUUUCUUGAUAUUGCAUGUUUCUUCACUGGGUAUGAUAAGGACUAUGUCAUAAGCAUACUGGAAGAAUGCGGCUUCUUUCCGGUUAACGGCAUUAAUUCUCUGAUGAGGAGGUGUCUAGUAAAAGUUGGCUCUAAUAACAAGAUGUCGAUGCAUGAUUUGCUUCGGGACAUGGGAAGAGAAAUCGUACGGAAAGAGCAUGUUGUAGAUCCUGGAGAACGUAGUAGAUUAUGGCAUCAUGAAGAUGUAAUUGAUGUUUUAACAAAUAAAAAGGGUACAAGAGCAGUUGAAGGCCUUGUUCUGAACAUGCCAGGAUUAAAACAGUACUCAUCGAGUACCAAAACAUUCAAAAAGAUGAAAAUGCUAAGACUGCUUCAACUCAACUAUAUACACCUGGCAGGAGACUACAAGCAUAUUUCUAACAAGUUAAGAUGGUUGUGUUGGCGUGAAUUUCCUUUGGAAUCUAUACCAUUCGAUCUCAGUCUGGAAAAUCUGAUUAUUCUUGAUAUGCGAUAUAGCAGUCUGAAACAUUUUGUGGAGGCAGGAAAGUCUCUAAAGAAGCUGAAAUUGCUUAAUCUUAACCACUCACAAGCUUAUUGAGAUCCCAGACUUUGAAGGUUGCCAAAAUCUUCAGAAAUUGAUGCUGAAAGAUUGCAUUAGAUUGGAAAGGGUUGGUGACACCAUUGGACUUCUCACUAAUCUUGUUUUCCUGAAUUUUCAAGAUUGCAAGAGCCUUGGGAAUCUUCCAGGAAGUGUUGGUGGUCUAAGAACGCUGGAGAAGCUAAAUAUGUCGGGCUGCUCAAAACUUGAAGAGAUGCCCGAGUCCAUUGGACUUCUAACUCACCUUAUUCUGUUGAAUUUGCAAAACUGUGAGAAACUUCAGAACCUUCCAGGAAGCAUUGGCAAUCUAAAAUCACUUCAGGAGCUAAACAUGUCAGGCUGCUCCAAACUUGAGCAGUUGCCCGAGUCCACUGGAUUUCUAACAUGCCUCAUUUCAUUGAAUUUGCAUGAUUGCGAGAACCUUAAGAGUCUUCCAGGGAGCAUUGGUGAUCUAAACUCACUUGAGAAGCUAGACAUGUCAGGCUGCUCAAAACUUGAUGAUUUGCCAGAAUCCACUGGACAUUUUAAUUCCCUUGUUUUCUGGAAUUUGCAAGAUUGCAAGAAUCUUAAGAAUUUCCCUGCCAAAAUUUUUGGUCUAAGAUCACUGAAGGAGUUAAACAUGUCAGGCUGCUCAAAACUCAAGGAACUGCCUGAGGACCUGGGGGAGUUGAAAUCCUUGGUUGUUCUUAAUCUUGAUGGAACUGGAAUAAACAUCCUACCUGAAACAAUUAGAAAUAUGAAAAAUCUUGAAAUUUUGUCUU